AUGGAUCUAGAUGCUUUUGAAGAUUAUCCGUGGGGAAGAGUAGCCUUUAAAUUCUUGAUGGAGUCGGUGAAGGGUGUAGACUUGACAAAGACGUAUGCUAUUGAAGGCUUUGUUCAGGUUCUUCAAGUCUGGGUCUACUGUUGUCUCCCUGAAUUCGGAGCUUGGUUUGGUCACCCUAUAGAAGGUUCUCCGACCCCACCUCUACUUGCCUUCUUAGGUGGCAAAGGCAAGGGAAAGCUCCAGGAGAAUAUGCUGAAACAGGAUUACUCUAAAAUGUUCCCUCACUGGGAUGGUGAGCUGGAAGAUGAGAAGGCUGAUAACAUAGUGAAGGCAGUGUUUUCUUCAGGCUGGGCAUGGGAACAAAGUCACUGGCCUCUUGUCGGAACAAAACUGUGGACAAAUGUGAAGGUGGAGAUCCUUCCGAUGAAGACAGAAGCUGGUCAGAUGAAGACAGAAGCUGGUCAGAUGAAGACAGAAGCUGGUCAGAUGAAGACAGAAGCUGGUCAGAUGAAGACAGAAGCUGGUCAGAUGAAGACAGAAGCUGGUCAGAUGAAGACAGAAGCUGGUCAGAUGAAGACAGAAGCUGGUCAGAUGAAGACAGAAGCUGGUCAGAUGAAGACAGAAGCUGGUCAGAUGAAGACAGAAGCUGGUCAGAUGAAGACAGAAGCUGGUCAGAUGAAGACAGAAGCUGGUCAGAUGAAGACAGAAGCUGGUCAGAUGAAGACAGAAGCUGGUCAGAUGAAGACAGAAGCUGGUCAGAUGGUGCGAAGCUUGAAGACAGUGUCCCCUUCUCGCACACAGUCUGAUGCAGAAUCACGCAAGAAGGCUCGUGAGUCCCCUGGCCUGGAUGUGGAGACCAUGAAAGGAGAAAUAGUUCGUUGGCUAACUGGCCUGACUUCUAAUAUGGUUGAGGGGCUGAGCAGAUGCGAGAACACUCUGAAGACACAAUCCCGCAUGAUUGAGGGCCUUACUACGAAGAUAGGAGCUGUUGAGAAGAUUGUGUGUGAAGGUUGGAAGGAAGAUCACAUCAAAGCUGGUUCAUCUACUGAUGUACCUGAGGCAAACAAAUCUGAUGGAGACAAAGCUAAGAAGGACAGCGCUGAAGAAAGCAAAGGUGAUGAAAGCGAUGAAAGCAAAGGUAAGGAAAGCAAAGGUGAGGAAAGCAGAGCCGAGGAAAGCAGAGCCGAGGAAAGCAAAGCUGCGGAAACAGCUCCCAAAGGAAUGACAAUAAGAGCCAAAGCUAGAGACACCCAAGCCACUGUGAGUGAGAGUGAAAAUGAGAAUGGAGGCAUAAGUGUUGUUGUAGUAGAUAAAGAACAAUCAUGCAUUGAUUAUGGUUCUGUGAAAAAACUGAAACAAGUUGGUAAACACAUGGAUGCUGGCAUUAAUCUCUUAAGGCUCCGAUACACAAAGCACCCUGAAUGUUUUAGGUCCGACAGAUUUUGCAUGUUGGAUGUUGUACUUACUCAAAUGUGGACAGCAAAGUACUCAGAGUUUCUGGCCUCUCCUGCCAAUCCUGACGGCUCAAGUAAACUACUCCCUCCUGGCGCCUUAGACUACUACACAGGCGAGGAACCAACGUAUAGCAGAUCAAAUAAGACAUGGGCAUUGGAGAUUGAUGAUAUAUAUGCGCCAUUAUUGGUCAAGAAUGAUCAUUGGGUAGCUUGCUGGAUAUCAAUCCCGAGGAGACGCAUAGUGAUUUGGGAUAGUGAUCUUGCUUACGCUACGGAUGCAGAAAUUGCUAAGGCCGUGAAGCCUAUUGCACACAUGCUGCCGUACAUGCUGCGUAUGUUAUCUACCGGUGCGGAGAGGGAGUUGUACAUAGUUGAUUUCACACAUGAGCGUGUAUCUGGGGUGCCACAAAACAAACAAAGUGGUGACUGUGGAGUGUAUUGCUUGAAGUAUAUAGAAUGUCAUGCACUUGGCAUGCCAUUCCCACCUCAUGAGCUGUGUGAUAAGAAGAUCAAGACAAUCAGGUCUCAGAUGGCGAGUGAGAUAUUUGAUGAGACCAGGAUAAACGGCACAGAGAAACGUGAUUACAAGCAUCUCGGUCUCUAUGACUAA